AAAAUAUUUCAUCCUAGUUCCAAGUACACUUCUACUUUUCGAAUAGAGAGAUAUGCAAAGAUCCUUUUCUGUUAUAGAUGACGAUACCCUCUCACGAGAGGAUGCUUUUAAGGACGAUACCAUCAAAAACACUUAUAAAAAUGAUAUUUCACCCAAUUCGACGGAUUCUGAGGAAGAUGUCAACAGUCCAAAACGUUUCUACAAACCGAAAGUAUCAAGUUCAAAGCAGACACUUGAAGGUUUAGAUGACCCAACCAACGACAUAAAAUCAAUCGACAAUGAGAAGAUUACCAAAUUACCCAGUGCUGGACCAUCUGGUAGACCAACAGCGGUACCGAGACAAAAAACUAGAAAUGAAAUGAAGAUACUGCAUAUUUCCAGCGAUAGCGAAGACAGUGAAAAUGAAGACAGAAAAUUGGUUAUACCAGGGGAGUAUGAUCCUAAAUUGUACGAAAAUUUGGAAGUUGACGAAGACGCUAAAGAUAUGUUUCAGUUUAUUUUGAAAUACAUUCCUCAACAACUUAACUUGGACUAUAAGUUCAAACCGUUUAUACCAGAAUAUUUACCCGCUGUCGGGGAUAUCGAUGCUUUUCUUAAAGUUAUUCCACCUGAGAAGACUUUAACCGGAGAAGAGUGUCAUGAGAAGUUUUCCCAUUUGGGUUUGACCGUUCUUGAUGAACCAGCUACAAACCAAAGUGAUCCAGCUCUGCUAUACUUACAGUUGAGGGCUGCUUCAGUGAAUCCAAGCAAAAGAAAUGAUGGAAAUGUGGUAGUUAAAAAAGUUGAUAAUAUCGAGAAAAAUGCGAAAAUAAUUGAUAAAUGGAUAAAGGAUAUAUCGGAUUUACAUAAAAGUAAAUCAUCUCCUAUAGUUCGAUAUUCUGAACCGAUGCCUGAUUUGGAUGACCUGAUGCAGGAAUGGCCAGAAGAAGUCGAAAAAAGAUUGAAACAAAACGGUUUUCCUGCUCCAAAUGACAUGUCUCUGUCAGAGUACGUGGAUACAGUAUGUUCUGUAUUUCAAAUACCCAUCGCCAAGAAAAAGAUUCAAUCGCUACAUCUUCUAUUUUGUCUCUAUGCAGCCAUUAAACAAACGCAGCUCUAUCAGUCUUCUUCAAUGAAUGAAAAAUUGACCAAUAUUUCCUCUAAAAAGGAGGCGGACCAAUUAGUUUUAGAUUAAAAUAUCUUGCAACCA